AUGUCCAUCUCCAACCUCUUCGCCCCCAUCGUCGCCCUCAAUGGCUGGACCUUUGCGAUGGAAGUCUGGAUGUACGCCACGCGGCUGCCCGUGUCGAUGCGUCUGAAGCUCGGCGACGACAACACCCAGACCCGCAGCCAGAUCGACCUGAAGACGCCGCCGUCGGUGCGCUGGAAGACGGACAACUUCAACAACCUGCUCGAGCAGCCGACCCAGUUCUACGCGAUCGCCCUGGUGCUCGCCCUCGCCCGCGGCGAGAACAGCGCCACCGACGCCUAUCUGGCGUGGGCGUAUGUCGGCGCCCGCGUCCUGCACAGCUUGGUGCACUGCACUACCAACAACAUCCCGCAGCGGUUCACGCUCCCCAAUAUCCGCAGCAGGAACAACAGUACCAAACACAUCGUCCAACUCAUUCAGUGCAACAUGAACCAGCGUAUCAGCAUCAACGCCAGGGAUAUGACGAUCCCCAACACCGUCCUUCACGACAAGGACUUCAUACCCCAGCUCAUUGCCCGCCCGCGCAGUGGUAGAGAUACAAACAUGCGCCAUAUACCCCACAAGCACGAUCUUCUUCCCCACCGCCCCCAGCGCCUGCAGAUAGUCAUGCAGAUCAGUGCCCGCAAAGGAGUUGGGAAAGUGCUUGGUGACGACCUUCUCGCCCGGCUCGGGCUUCAGCUCGUCAAACUCGGCGGCCAACUCCGUGCCCGGCGUGAAGACGGGUGCGCCGCUGGGAGUCUCGUGGACGACGUGCACGAUGUUCUUGCCGUCGCCGGCCUGGCGGUACCGCGAGAGCAGAUCGGCGAUCACCGCCCGGCUCUGCUCGACGUGUUCGACUUUGAGAUGGCCGCAGGCGAUGCACGAUGGAGGUGGACUUUCCCGUACAUUCUCGCAAUGCCCACAACUGGAGCAGACCGUUUCUGCUGCCGUUACAGCAAUUGCAACGCCAGCUACCGGCGCAAAGAGCACCUGCGUCGCCAUGAAGCCCAACACGCUGGGACCUCGAUGGACACACUGAACCGUCACAUCCGGCAAGACCACCAAGAGGCACAGGUACAGCCAACACGCGCCCCUCGAGCAUGUCGGGAAUGCCGCGUCGCCAAGGUGCGUUGUCGGGGCGGCCAGCCGUGCAGACACUGCCAGGAGAAGCAGCACGCCUGCGUGUUCGACACGCCAGACCGCAAUCGAGCCAACACGACGACGGACUCUUCCGCCCUCGAACUGGAAAACGCGGUUUUCGAGCAAGAAACCCAACCCGAUAUCCCGCAUUACGUCCACUUGUACUUCACGCUGUUCCAUCCACGAUGGCCGCUCCUGCAUCAAGGUACCUUUAGCAUCGAACAUGAGCCUGCGUUGGUUCUCUAUGCUGUCGUCAUGCUGGGCAUGUGGUGUUCCGAGCAGGAGCCGGCGAAGAGGAAAGCCCGCGUCCUGCACGAACGCCUGGGCCGGAGCAUUCUCGAGCAGCAGACAACGUGGGAAGACUGGGGGGAUCAGCCAGCUAAGCCGGCGUCUGCCUGGCCCAUCGCCACCUACCAGGGCAUUCUGCUCUACCUCAUUGCCUCGCUCUUGAUGAAUCUCCCUCACGCGUGUCAGUGGGAUCUCACCUUUCAGCUCCCGCAGCCGGACCGGGAGAUACUAGCUGCGGUUCUACGAUCCUGCCGCAAACACAAUAUCUUCUCCUAUCCAACCAUGCUUGCGCGGUACCAAGAUAUUGACAACAUCACCACCAUCUGGGUGGGUGUGGAGGAAAUGAAGCGUUUCGCUCUCGCCCUGUACAAAACGGCAAUCCGGAGAGAAGCAACGAUAGCCGAUGGAUAUCAGAAAGUGGAGGACUGCUGGAUGCAGUCGAUCCGGGUUUCCGAUGGAUUUGAUCAUAUUGAUCUAGUGUCUACUCCGACAGCUACUAUACAACUCUCCCCAUGGAUUCUCAUUGACGCGGACAAUGCUCAGGCCUCCGUCGUGAACCUCGUCCUUUCUGAAGUGGCGAAAUACGGUACAGCUCAUGUGAAGCGAGCGUAUGGGGAUUGGACUAGUUCUAAUUUGCUGCCCUGGAAGGCCAAGCUCCUCGAGCAUUCGAUCCAACCAGUCCAGCAGUUCGCGUAUACGCACGGCAAGAAUGCGACCGACUCCGCGAUGAUCAUCGACGCCAUGGAUCUUCUAUACGCGAACCGAUUUGAUGGGUUCUGUCUCGUCUCCAGCGACAGUGACUUCACCCGACUCGCCGCUCGGAUCCGCGAGUCCGGCGCAACUGUCUACGGCUUCGGGGUGCACAACACGCCCAAACCGUUCGUCUCUGCAUGCGAUAAAUUUAUCUACACUGAGAAUCUCGUGCAUGUGGAUGAGCUUGUGCCCCAUGCGGACAAUGUGCAAACUCAUUCGUCGGCCCGACGCACUCUCGACGAUAGCCGCCUGAUAAAUCAGUUGCGAACUACGGUAGAAGCAGCGUCCGAUGACGAUGGUUGGGCCCACCUGUCUACCGUGGGCCAGCUACUCACUACAAACUAUCCUGACUUCGACCCUCGGACGUAUAAAUACCAUAAGCUCAGCGACCUCAUGGCCGCCUCCUCUUUGUUUGAAAUGACCCGCCGCUCCCUUCGACAUGAUUCGACCGAGAUCUUCGUCCGUGACAAGCGUAGGAAGCCGAAAACUUCUGCUAUGUAA